AUGAGCAACGACGAGAUCGACGCGGGUCCGCCGCCUGCUGUAUCCUCAUUGCGGAACAAGUUCGAGCAGCUCGCGCAUUCGAAUGAGCAGCUGGUUCAGCCUGUGCCGUCUGGGAGCCGGUCGCGGCCUACGUCGUAUAUACGCUCUACGACGCCCGUACCACGCGCGCCGACGCCUACACCGCCCACUCCUACACCCACGCCGCCUCACUCAGCACCGUCCGCAUCAUCAUCCCACCAUGCCGCGCAUCCAUCGACAACAGAUCAAACAAUAGGGAACGACAACAACUUCCUACAUCCGUACCACGCCCGCGCUGGGUCCACUGUCAGCCUCACAUCAUCGAAUGGCGAUGCCGGGCUUCUUCCUCCGCCCCUCCCUUCGCGCGGCCGAGCAGGGUCGGACGUAUCAUCUACUGCAUCUGACGAUGUCCACCACUUGCGGAAUGUCAGUAGCUCGGGCGAUCUCAAGCGACGGCCUCCACCACCACCACCGCCAGCUGGACAUGGGAAGAGUCCAGGGACGAGUCCGCUUAUGAGGGCUGCUGCGGAUGUAGGCGGGAAUGCGGGAGGGAGGAAGGGCGCAUUGCCGCUACCGGAGGGGUUUAGUUUGGACAAUAAUGGAGGGCCGGUGGAGGAACACUUGAGUGUGAAGGACAUGAGGAACAGGUUUAAUGGACAAUCGUCUCCGGCGCCUUCAUCGCCGGAAAUAUCAACUACUACUGCCAAACGCAAACCGCCGCCGCCGCCCGGUCCGCCACUAACACCAUCCUCAUCCCACUCGAACCUCAAAUCUCCCUCACCCACACGUUCUCCGUACAAUGGUCACUCUUCACCGUUUAACGGUACACCGACGCAGUCUCCCGCGCCGGCCCACAGUCCUUUCGGCUCGCCUGCACCCGCCGUACCAAUCCGCAAGACCCAACCACCACCUCUCCCGCGCCGUAGCCAAGGAUCGGGCACUGAUCUUGGGAACAGUUUGGGCUUUGAGAAUGGCGGGGGACACGGGAGCAAGUUCGUGGGGAGCAGCGAGGACGAGACGGUCUUCGCCAGUCCUGUGAAGGUCUACGGCGGAUCGGCUGCGCGACCUGGACCUGGCAGCAGCUUGAGCUCGUUUGACAGUAGCUCGUCGAGCGACUCUAUACCUCACGUCAGUGGGAAUGGGAACGCGAACGCUGGGAGGGACUACAACCCACACCCGCCUCCACCGCCGCGUCUGGACAAGCGCCCACCGCCUCGGCAUCACGCGUCGCUCGCGAGUACGCAUUCGACGCACAGCUCGAGCUCCAUCAACUCGGGCCUAAGCGAGCCGCCGGCGUUGCCGGCCCGGAGGAGCACGGCCGAGGAUGCGGGAAGGGAGCGGGAGCGGGAGAAGGAGUAUGUGGCAAGUCCGCCGCCGAAGAGGACGGUGCCGCAUCACCCGCCGGCGCAUCACGCGCAUCCAUCUCAUCAUAACGCGCAUCCGGCACCGCAACCCAUCGCUGCUCAAGCGCCCGUGCAUACGUCAUUGCAUGUCGCGCCUCCGCCUGGUCCGUCGCCUGCACCCGUUCCUCCGGCGCCAGCGGGUAAGGCGAUCAAGCAUCAGCCGCCACCUACGCGGACUAUCGGGUUGCAUGAGCCUCUGCCUGAGCUGAGGCGGAGCGUGGCGAGCGCUGGGAGCUCGGAGGAUUCCGAGGACGAGAGCGGUGAUGAAGAUCUGAAGGACCCGCGCUUAACGCAAGCGCCCGAUACAUCUCGCGCGAGCAGGCGCCGACCGGCGGCCCAUCCACACGCAUUCGAUCCGAGCGGUAUUCAUGUCAUGCACAAUGCGGCCAUAGCCAUCGCCGGCUCUCUCCACGCUGUCGCAGGCCAACAUCACGUACGCAUCUUCGACCUCGACGUCCAAGAGACGCCGCGUUACACGCUCGACGGACGCGAUGUAGGUCUUGCGGGCCGCGCGCUCGUCGCCACUAGCCUAUGCUGGAGCGCGAAGGGUGCCGGGAAGAGGUGGCUCUGGAUCGGGACGAAGGACGGGCAUCUCUUCGAGUUCGAUGUUCAGCUCGGUGUUGUAGCUGGCCAGAAGCUCGCGGCGCAUUCCUCGGGCGUUCAGCAUAUCCUGCGGCACCACGCGGCUCUCGCCACCGUCGACGACGGCGGGAAGAUGCUGAUCUUCGAGCCGGUGCCGGGCGCGGAGGACGAGGCGGGGAUAUUGGCGCGGACGACGCCGAGGGUGUGCAGGAUCUCGGAGAAGCAGAGCUUUGUGAAGGUGUUUGGGGGGCGGGUGUGGACGAGCGCGAAGGAGAAGGAGGUGGACAAGGAUGCGAGGGGGCCGGUUGUCAGGAUCUACGACGUGUUUACGGGUGGACAGCCUGGUGCGCCGCCGCGCAGUGUUCUGCCGUCUGAACCGCUCGGCGCGGUUAUGAGUGGAGGGGUUGUGCCGAGCGAGACAGAUAAGGUGUUCUUGGGACAUGAGGGCGGAUGCGUGAGCGUGUGGAGUACGGCUGGCGGUCCGGGGUCGUUACCGGAGUGCAUCGACGUGGUCAAGGUCGGCGCUACGGAUGUUGUCGCGCUCGAAGGCGUGCAUGAUAAGCUCUGGACUACCGGGCGCGGCGGACGGAUCAACGCGUACGAUGUCAGUCAUCGGCCAUGGGUGCAGACGGCGAGCUGGGCGGCGCAUAACGAGUUGCCGAUCUCGAGGCUUGUGGUGGACGUCGUGGGCGUUGGAGAGGGGAGGGGGAUGAAGGUCGUCAGUUGUGGGCGGGACGAGAAGAUGGCGUUCUGGGACGGACUGUUAGGCGCUGACUGGCUUGAUGAAGAGCUCCUGAAGCGCGAAGCCGAGUUUGCGUCCUUCCGCGACCUCGAAGUGCUUAUCGUAUCCUGGAACCUCGACGCCGUACGACCCGACGACCUCCGCUCAGCCUCAUCCGUCAACAUCCUCCACGAAAUGCUCUCCUCCACCCCCGUCCAACCCGACAUCAUAUCAUUCGGCUUCCAAGAGACCGUCAACCUCGAAUCCAAAUCCUCGACCAUGCGUCAGGUCUUCCGCGCCGGCGGCGUCGGCUCUAGUUCACAUGAUCGCAAGACGGUGCGGUACGGCGCGGACGCGGCGAUUUGUAGUGCGAAGGAUGAGAGGGCUACGACGGCGUAUAGGCGGUGGUACGAGGCGUUGCAGAAGGCUGUUAGGCUGGCGUAUGAUGCGAAUGAUCCGUAUAUCGUUGUGCAUACGGAGAAUUUGGUCGGGCUGUUCAGUUGUGUGUUGAUCAGGCAGAGGGAAAGGACGAGCAUUAAGGAUGUCGGAGUCAGUACGGUGAAGCGCGGCGUUGGCGGGCGGUACGGGAACAAGGGUGGUAUCGUCUGCCGUAUGACCAUCGACGAUACGUCCAUUGCGCUUGUCAACGCCCAUCUCGCCGCUGGCCAGAACAAGCUCCGCUCGCGCAAUGCAGAUCUGACGGCUAUCAUCGAGGGCAAGGGUCUGUUCCAGGAGAGCGAGGAGACUGUCGAGCGCGACGACGUCGCUUAUAUCGGCGGUGGUGACGGUAGUACCGUGCUCGACCACGAGAUCGUCUUCUUCAACGGCGAUCUCAACUACCGCGUGGACGCGCGCCGCGACGCCAUCGUCGCUGCCGUCGAGAAGGGCGACUUCCUCAGCUAUCUCCAGCACGACCAGCUCUCGAAAGAGAUGCGCUUCAACCGCGGUUUCCGUCUACGCGGCUUCCUCGAGGGCGGCAUCACCUUCGCGCCAACAUACAAGUACAACCGCCGCUCGGACGUAUACGAUACGUCCGAGAAGCGCAGAGCGCCGGCGUGGUGCGACCGUGUGCUGUGGCGCGCGAUGAAUCCUGAGCGUGUGCGGUUGCGGCAGUACAGGCGCUACGAGGCGGACGUUAGCGAUCACCGGCCGGUGAGCGCUAGUUUCAGGCUGACGGUUAAGAGCGUGAGGCAGAAUGAGAGGGCGGGGGUUAAGAGUGAGAUGGUGGGCGUUUGGAGGGGGAGGGAGAGGGAGCUGGUGGAGGAGGCUAGGAUGUUUUAUGUCGGCGUUGGGUUGUUGGUUGAUUGA